CACAGAUAUUUACCAGCCGAAUGGGGAGAGGAAUCCAUUCCCUGGAAGUUUCUUGAAGUGCUCUAGGGUUUUGCCCUUUCCAGGAGAAAUUCUUGUGAUCUACUUCGAUUUGAUCUCUCGAGGUCAGGGCUAUAAUUUUGUGGUCGGCGCAGAAAUUUACCCGUAAAAUUGCAGCUGCGGACAAUGUCGCGGGUUUAUGUUGGGAAUCUGGACCCUCGGGUUACUGAGAGGGACCUUGAAGAUGAAUUUCGUAUCUACGGCGUUCUCCGGAGCGUCUGGGUUGCUCGAAGGCCACCAGGUUAUGCAUUUCUUGAGUUUGAUGAUAGGAGGGAUGCGCUUGAUGCAAUUCAUGCUCUGGAUGGAAAAAAUGGCUGGCGUGUAGAGCUUUCUCAUAAUUCCAAAGGUGGUGGCGGAAGAGGCGGACGCGGACGUGGAGGUGAAGACUUAAAAUGUUAUGAGUGUGGUGAGCCUGGUCAUUUUGCUAGGGAGUGCCGCUUGCGUGUUGGUUCACGAGGCAUAGGAAGUGGGCGCCGUCGUAGCCCCAGUCCAUAUCGGCGCCGCAGAAGUCCAAGUUAUGGUCGCAGGAGUUAUAGCCCUUACGGAAGAAGAUCUCCUAGGCGACGCAGCAUUACACCUCCUCGACGUGGACGCAGUUACAGCAGGUCCCCUCCAUACCGCCGUUCUCGCCGUGACUCUCCUUAUGCCAAUGGAGAUUAAGGUUGGAAUAUGAAUGGAGCAAAUGCUGGAUGACCUUCAGGAAUGGCCUCUGCUGUAUUGUAUUACCAUAGGACUGCUUGAGGAAAAUAUGCAUGUUAGUUAUGUUGAUAUUCUGGUAAUGGUCGGUGUUAGAUAUUUGGUUUUCGAUGGCACCUGCAAGGUGUUAUAGCCGCCAAAAGGAUGCAUGGGACACUUUAGCAUCUUCUGUCUCUCGUCGACUUGCUGAAACUGAAAGGUCUCUUCCAACUUUAUACAGCAACUUAUGUUAUUUGCUUAUUAUUAGUUUUAGUAUUCUAUUUAUAUGAUAUGGCACCAUAAUGUAUUGGUAUUUAUGGAUCCUAAAGGAUGUUCUUGUUUUCCUUUUGUUGUGAGGUGUGAUUGUCGGCAAAUCGUCACUCACUCCAUCUUUUUGUCUGCUUCUCUGCGCCACAAUCAUCUCAUCUAGUUCCUUCUGCAUACAAGUAGACUUAAAGUGCGAAGUCGACAAUUUGGUUGUGCCCCAUGAAUUUUUUGUCUUCUGCAGUGAAGCUGCUGUUUGUUAACCUUUUUACCGGCCCCUCAUUAAAGGAUUCUACGGGCACCUUCCGCAUGAGUUGGAGCAGUUUAGAGGUGGAAGGGUAUAAAAUAGUGACCUCUGCAUCUUCAUCAUUGAGUCAAAUGUGCAUUGUUGGUCAAUCGCUGCAUUUACUGUUCGCUUCACAAAACCAGAAUCCUACUUGGUUGCUUCUCUGUAGUUUCAUUGUCGGCUGCUUCUUCCAAAUAUCUGCAUAUUCAUUAGAACGAUCUACUAGCCGUGUCUGCAUGGUUCUCGAAGGUGAGUGCGAUCUUCAACUUGGUCUAUGGGACACUGUUGUCUUUAUUCUUCUUUGGCAUGGCAUCUGUUGUUAUCCUGCAUUGGAUGUGCAAGCAAUUGCAUAAUCCAUUGGAUAAGAAGGAUGGGCUGUGUCAAGGAUGCCGAAAAACUUGCAUAAUCCAUAGGAUGAGAAGGAUCUAGUGUUUUGCAAGAACUUGCCUAAUUCAUUGGUUGGAUAGGAAGGAUGCUCUGGUAACACGCUGGUGCCUAGGGUCUUUCAUUCUUCGCCUUAAGAUGGUGUGUUCUUCAUGGACUUUAGUGAAUCUGCCCUUGUCAGCGGUUGUAAUAUUUUUGGGACAUGCUAAUCGUCUUCAUCUGCACCCUAGUUUGUCACGCGCUCUCCUGCCCUUUAAGGCCUAAGCAAAAUGGAUUUGCUACAGGUCAUUGCCAGCGUUGGUUGGUUGAGAUUGUUUUUGCUCGGUUCCGUCUGUCCAUUUAUUUUUUCCAUUCAUAUUUUGGGACGGGUUCCUAGCCGCCCUCCUCCCCCCUGUGGCUUUGUUUUACUUAAAUUCAUUGACAGUAGACACCGGUUUGGUGUAUUGAUUUUUUGGUUGAUAAUUGAUUGAUGACUACACAUUUCAAUAAUCAAAAUUUGUUAAUCCUCUUGUAGCAGAUUAUUGCUUGAAAUGAUUGCAGCAAAUUGAAAUGGA